GGAGCCGGGGGCGGAGCCGGGGGCGGUGGCAGCGCCGGGGAAGCGUGGGGACUCGGCCUGCGGGCAGCGCGGCCCAACAUGGCCAAGGAGGUGAAGACGAAGCUGUCCAAGAACCUGCUGCGCAUGAAGUUCAUGCAAAGGGGUUUGGAUUCACAAACUAAAAAACAACUAGAAGAGGAAGAAAAGAAGAUAAUUAGUGAUGAACACUGGUACCUUGAUUUACCAGAUCUAAAGGAGAAAGAGAGCUUUAUAAUAGAAGAGAGGAGCUUCAUGGCAUGUGAGGAUCUACUUUAUGGCAGAAUGUCCUUCAAAGGAUUCAAUCCGGAAAUUGAGAAGUUAAUGAUCCAAAUGAACUCUAAGGGCAAAAAAGAAGAAAUUGAAGUGGAUGAUAAAAUGGAGGCUGAUGUGUCAGAUGAAGAAAUGGCCAGAAGAUACGAAACAUUAGUGGGAACAAUAGGAAAGAAAUUCUUGAGAAAAAGAGACCAGCGUGUACUCCAUGAUGAAGAUGAAGAUAGGAGUAGUAAUGCAACACCUAGCAAAACAGCUAAGAAACAGUUCUUAAAACCUAAGGAUUAAUGUCAGCUGC